AUGAUGCGUCUUUCUUCUACUUUGGGCCUCAUCUUAUUCACCAGCCUUGCCGCGGCUGGAGUUUAUCCUCCCGAUGUUGUAGACCAGCUUCAAGAAACUGGGAUUGCCAAACUCAAGGACUACCUAGCAAAGAAUCCCGCCAAGAAUGGGUGCACAUUUGAAAAGGCUGUUAAGCGAAAGGAAUGGAGCGAUCUCACAAUAGAUGAAAGGAAGGAAUACACCAAAGCGGUCUUGUGCUUACAAUCGAAGCCCCCGAAGACCUCGGCACCAGGUGCCAAGAGCCGCUUCGAUGACUAUGUCGCUGUACACAUCCAAAUGACACCUCAAGUUCAUGGAUCUACGAGCUUCUUACCCUGGCAUCGGUACUAUGUGUGGCAUUACGAGAAUGCUCUCCGGGAAGAGUGUGGAUAUACAGGAUAUCAGCCCUAUUGGAACUGGGAUCGAUAUGCUAAGGAUCCCGUUAACUCACCUCUGUUCAAUGGAAAUGACUCCAGUAUGGGAGGCAAUGGAGAGAAAGUAGCACAUCAAGGAAUCCCUAUCCCUGGUGCUCCAGCACCAUACAACGUCAUUCCUCCUGCUGAUGGUGGCGGAUGUGUGACGAGUGGCCCAUUUAAGAACAUGUCUGUGAACCUGGGACCCAUGGCUGCGACUAUUCCGAACUUGAAGAGCAACCCGCGAUCAGACGGACUUGGUUACAAUCCGCGAUGCCUACGUCGAGACGUGAAUAAGAAUUCUGCUGCUGUCACCACGGCAAACUAUACCUACGACCUCAUCACCAAGAACAAUAAUGUUUACUGGUUCCAAACCGUCAUGGAGGGGCAGUUCAAUCUGGGUCAGUGGGGAGUCCACAGUGGAGGUCACUACACUGUGGGCGGUGACCCGGCAGGAGACUUCUUCGUGUCCCCCGGCGAUCCAGUCUUCUGGCUCCAUCACGGCAUGAUUGACAGGGUGUGGUGGAUCUGGCAGCUUCAAGAUUUGGCGACUCGGCUUACACAGGUUUCGAAGACCAUGACCAUGAAUAACAUGCCUCCAAGUCGCAACGGCACGUUAGAUGAUAAGUACGGUUUAGGGGUUCUGGCACCGGAGGUCGCUACGAGAGACAUGAUGGACACAAUGGGUGGACUUGAUGGCAAGUUAUGCUACAUCUAUGUUUGA